AUCCCAUGCUCAUCACCCAUCCACCAGACAAUUAAGUACUCGAAAUUCCUUUCUACCCAUUAAAGCAAAUCAACAGAAACAAGCAAUGGGUUCUGAGUCGCUUGUUCAUGUCCUACUUAUUUCUUUUCCUGGCCAAGGACAUGUUAACCCUUUGCUUAGACUUGGCAAGAAACUUGCCUCUAGGGGCUUGCUUGUCACUUUCUCUACUCCUGAGAUCACCGGCAGGCAGAUGAGGAAGUCUGGCAGCAUCUCGGACGAGCCUACUCCCGUUGGUGAUGGUUACAUGAGGUUCGAAUUCUUUGAAGAUGGGUGGCACGAUGAUGAACCUAGACGCCAAGACCUUGAUCAGUACCUGCCUCAACUUGAGCUUGUGGGUAAGAAAUUCUUCCCCGAUUUGAUCAAGAGAAAUGCUGAGGAAGGUCGGCCAAUUUCUUGCUUGAUCAACAACCCUUUCAUUCCUUGGGUUUCUGAUGUUGCUGAAAGUCUUGGUCUCCCUUCUGCAAUGCUUUGGGUUCAAUCUUGUGCUUGCUUUUCCGCUUAUUACCAUUACUACCAUGGUCUUGUCCCCUUCCCCAAUGAGGAAAAUCCCGAAAUCGAUGUUCAGCUUCCAUGUAUGCCACUUCUCAAGUAUGACGAAGUGCCUAGUUUCUUGUAUCCUACUAGUCCUUAUCCUUUCUUGAGAAGAGCAAUUCUUGGUCAGUACAAGAAUCUGGAUAAGCCUUUCUGCAUCUUGAUGGAAUCAUUCCAGGAACUUGAGCCUGAAAUCAUUGAAUAUAUGUCCCAAAUUUGCCCUAUCAAGACUGUCGGUCCUCUGUUCAAGAACCCUAAAGCUCCAAACUCAGCCGUCCGAGGUGAUAUAAUGAAGGCUGAUGAUUGCAUUGAAUGGCUUGAUAGCAAGCCACCAUCAUCGGUUGUUUAUGUUUCUUUUGGUAGUGUAGUGUACUUGAAGCAAGAUCAAUGGGAUGAAAUUGCAUAUGGACUUUUGAAUUCUGGUGUCUCAUUCCUGUGGGUUAUGAAACCACCACACAAAGAUUCAGGCUUUCAAGUUCUUCAAUUGCCUGAAGGUUUCUUAGAGAAAGCAGGAGACAGGGGAAAAGUCGUGCAAUGGAGUCCACAAGAAAAAGUAUUAGCUCACCCAUCAACUGCAUGCUUUGUAACACACUGUGGAUGGAACUCAACAAUGGAAGCACUUUCCUCAGGCAUGCCAGUCGUCUGUUUCCCACAAUGGGGUGAUCAAGUGACGGAUGCUAAGUACUUGGUUGAUGUGUUUAAGGUCGGAGUAAGAAUGUGCCGCGGAGAGGCUGAGAACAAGUUGAUCACACGUGAUGAAGUUGAGAAAUGCUUGCUUGAGGCAACCGUAGGGCCUAAGGCAGUGGAGAUGAAGCAGAAUGCAUUGAAAUGGAAGGAAGCGGCGGAGGCAGCGGUGGGUGAAGGUGGUUCAUCAGACAGGAACAUACAAUAUUUUGUGGAUGAGGUGAGGAGGAGAAGUGUUGAGAUCGCUAACAAAUCAAGCACUGGCAAUGGUGAUAUUGUAGAUUUGGUGGAGAAGCCAAUAAGUGUUGAAAAAGCAGAAGUUUUGAUGGAGUCCUCAGCUUGAGGUUGAGUUUUCACUGUUUAUUUAUUUUUGGUUAAUUUUCAAGUAUCUUGAGUUUUCUUUUCUUCCUUUCUUGUGGGCUUGUAUUGCGAAGGGUAAAUCCUUGAUGUUCAAGUUUUAAGAAAUUAAAUAAUAAAGGGUCUUCUUUUUAACAAA